CCCACAUAAUACCGGAUGAACUUGACAGAAUGAACGGGAAACGCUCGCGUGUUUCAUCCUCCAAGAACUUUCAGCAACGUCAAAAGUUUCGUCAACUUUUAAAAAUUGCAACAUCUGUAUCACAUUUAUUUCUUCACAAUACGGAAAUGCGACAUAUUAUGUCAUGUGAGGAUAAACGAAACGUCUGAAUCCACCGAGGACACCGUCGUUCAGUACUGAUGUCCUUGCAGCGAAAAAAUGUCGGAACCGAGAGUUAAGCGAAUUAAAACUUGCCUUCCUCUUUGUAAAACACACGUAUCUUCUGCUGAGAGUCAGGUGAAACAGAAUUUCCCGAGAGUUGUGGAAGAAAGUCUGUGUGGAGUUUCCACUUUACUUAUGGAGGUCUCCUACAAACUGGAAGCGCUGGCCAGAAUUUUUGAGCAGAGUAAUUUGGCUUUACCCAGAGUGGCUGCGUAUUUUCAUCAGGAGUCAGUGAAAGAGCAAGAACGUGCCGAAGUGAUGCUAAAAUACAUGUCACAGCGAGGAGGAAAGUACUGCAAUAAGAACAUUAAGAGGCCUGGCACUGAACAGGUGUGUGCUGUUCUUCCUGCUCUGGAGAUCAUGCUUAACCAGUGGAAGGAGGAGAUGAGUGUCAUGCUGGAGAUUAAUCAUCUGGCUCAUGAGCACGACGAUCCACACACUGCCAGUGUAAUCAAAAGUCAGUUCAUUGAACCCCUCAUCCAAAAGGUCAAGCUCGUAGGCGACCUCUUGACCAACGCUCGCAGAGUGGGCUGCACCGAUGACAGCACUGCUGGCUUUGGCGAGUUCCUCAUCGACCAGCUACAAGAGAACCUGACGAUAGCUUAGACUUGUGUUCAUUUAGAAAGCAUUAUAUAUUGAAUGAACAGAUUGAGACAGAUUAUGUUAUUGGUCAAGUAAGUUGUCAAAUAAAUGUCUACCAUAUACAUUUUACCAUAUAUUUACAGAAGACUGAAGUGUAACGGUAGUUCAUACACCAUAACGUCUUGUCAUGUAUAUUUACAGCUGAAAUUAGUUGAUGACAUUAAAUUACUCCUUUAUGUCUUAAUGUGUGAUCACACUGACCCCAAUUAACUGUUAAUUUGCAAAUUUUAUAUGUUUUUGCCACUAUCCUUCAUCUCACUAUGCUUUACCCAAUUUUCACAAGAUGCAUUUUAGCAACAGUUAUUUGAAGGAGGUUCAUUAGAGGGAUAGUUCAUCUAAAAAAUUUUAUUUACUCACUUUUUACUCACCCUUAAGUGGUUAUAAACCUUUAUGGGUUUCUUUCUUUUGAUGAACACAAUUUUGUUGUACAAAUACUAUAGAAGUCAAUUGUUAAAGGUUUUAACUUUUUUCAAAAUAACAUUGUCUUCAAAAGAGAAAAGCUUUGGAACGUGAACUAUCCCUUUAAAAUAAAUACUUUAAUUUGUACUAAAGCUAUAUAAAAUAAUGUAUUAAAUUUUCAGUUGAUGUGCACACCAAAAUAGCGCAUCUUGUCUUUGACCUAUGUAACAAGUCACUCCAAAUGUAAAUACUAUUAAUAUAAAAUAAAUACUAUAAAUGUCAUUUUUAAUGCCAAUAAAAUGUGCCUUUUGUAAUUGAAAAUCAAAUAUGUUUGAA